GAAAAGUGCACGUCUUAUAACAUGCAGUAGUAAGACCUCUGCUGUCUUUCAUCUCUAGCUCAUUGUCACACAUGGAUGGGCAGCUGUUAUUUGUUGUUGUUCUCUCAGGAAUUAUUUCCUCCAGUCAUCAGUGGAUCUCUGGACCAGUGUUGGAGGAGACAGUCCGACGAGGUGACAACAUCACUCUCUACUGUGACUGCAAAUAUUCAACAGGAGAGUACAUAGUGUGGUUCAGGAACUGUUCUCAUGAAAAUCAGCCGACACUGGAUUUAAGAUACUACAAAAAAGAGCAAAAAGUCGAAAAUUCUUUACUGAAUCCUUUGCCUCGUUUUCAUUUAUUGAGGAACCAAUCCUCUAGUUCCUAUGAUCUGCUCAUCCUGAACAUCACUGAUUCUGAUGAAGGCCUCUACUACUGUGGAACUGAAUCUACGACUGUUGUGGAUACAAGAAACAUUGUUCAAAAAUAUGUUUAUUCUUAUGGAAAUAUCACAAAGAUACUACUCGAAUCUGGCGAAGCUCAUGACCCAACCCAAUCUGACAAGGCCCAUGACCCGACUCUGUGCUGGACGCUGCUGUUUUCUUUGUGUCCAGCUUUUGCUCUUCUCUCGUCUCUGCUCUCCUCUCUCCUGGUUUAUCAUCUCUGCCAGAAAAAAGGAAAGGAUCCUCAAAUUGAAGCAAAAGGACCUGACACCAGAAGUCAAACAAGAAAGAAUCAGGAUGAAGAUGUGUGUUAUGCUGCACUAGAAAUCCGACAGACGUCACAAAGACCAAAGAGGAAGAAGAAAACACACACUUCAGACUUCAGCACCUACGCUGCCAUUAACGUUUAGAGAGUAUGAGGGAGAAUCAUAGACAGAUUCGAAAUAAAAUGAACAAAGGGUAAAAGGAGGAUAAAUGUUGAAUUGCAGAGUAUAUAUGUAUUUAAAUAUGCAUAGUAAAGCCUGUGUGAUUUAACUUCAGUUUGAUUUUAUUUCAUUUUUUUUUUUUUUUUUUUUUUUUUUUACAUGAGAGUCAUUUCCUGUUGUCUCUCCUUUGAAUUACAAAUGUUAUAUAUAUUUCAUUAUGUUGCAUGUGACACUCGCUAUUAGUGUCACAACUGGUGUUUGAUAGUUUGUGUCUGGGCUGUUGGGGUUCAGUUUUCUUGCCUGUACAAACAACUGUCUGUUAAUUUGACUUCCACUGAUUGUUUUUAAAAUCACAAUAAGUGUGAAUUAAUUCAUUCUUCACAGAAUAAAUAUUUGUGUUUUAUUUCUUCACAUUACAUGAAUAUUAACAACAGAUUCAAACCUGAUGAGCUGUAAAAGUAAAUGUACACCAGAAUGACAGGUUUGAUACAAUUCCAGGUAUAUUUUGGUUCAAUGACAAAUGAGAAUAAAUGUGGUGAAUGUGCCAAAGCAUAUAUGUUUUUUUCUUUCACAAGUGACAAUUGUGCAUUAUUUAAAUCAUACUUUUACUUUGAGAUGUUGGUUUCAUAUUUUGUAUUUACAGAAAAAGAUAGACAUCAGUUCCUCAGCAAAUACAUUUUACACCUAUUAGCAUCAUAACACUAAACAUAACAACA